AUGGGCUCCUUGCGCGCGCCAUAUUCUUCGACGCCCCGAAGAGCUGCCGGAGGAAUCAGCGGCAGCAAUGGCAAACAGCCACCACAAUCACCGUUCGUGCUCGAACAGCCAGACAAAUUCCGGCCGCCCUCACACCCGGCGCGCCUGACCCGCCGGCCUCCGCGGGCCUAUAACCAGACCGCGACGGUGGAGGAGAAGGAGCAGCAGAAGACGAAGUCAUACCCGCACAUGUUUCCGAACAAGGGGACGUUUAUGCAUUGGUUCCUGACGGAUCGGAAGAUUCACAUUUGGAUUACGAUGGGCACGCUCACAUUCCUCGCCAUCAUAACCAUGACCGAGUCGUUCGUCAAGACGUCCCCCUACGCCCAUCUCCUCCCACCACUCUCGUCCCUUCCCUUCCACCCGAUCACGUUCUUCCGCGAAUCCUUGGCCGUCGUGCGUCUCCACAUCGACUACACCACCGAAAAGGCCAACGAGUCGCGCCAGCAGAAGAUCCUGGACGCCCAGAAACGCCGCCUCUACCGCCGCGCGCACGGGAUGGAGAACCUCGACGCCGAGGAGGAGCAGGGCAUCGACGUCCGCGGCCUGGUGCCCUGGGACGAUGGCCUGACUAAUAAGGAGCGCGCUCGGGGCGGAAGGGACGUCGUGUUGACGGGCAGAGAUGUUAUCGAGAUGGGAGGCACCGUGGGAGACGAUGUCACGGAGUUUGCGAAGAGGGUGCAGGAAGAACAGCGGCAGCAACACCAACACCAACAACAGACGGAAACUGGAGAGGCUGCUUCGGCAGCUCCAGUUCCAGCUGUACAGGAUGCUGAACAACAGUCGCAGCCUCCAAGGAAGAGGAAGUUGUGGUUGGGGAUCUGGUGA